CCAUUUAAAGGGCCAGUCAUCGGGUGCAUUUAAUAGUAGCAGACGACAAUUUUCAAAAUGGCUUCAGCCGCUCUCACGCCAGAGGUGAUUCGACGUUUUCACGAGGACGGCGCUGUGUGCUUGCGAGGUGUGUUUACUCAAGAAUGGAUCCAAAAGGUGACAGAAGGGAUUGAAGCAAAUAUGGCACAACCGAGUAAGGUGGGGGAAAGGCUGAAAGCACCGGGAGACGAAGGAGUGUAUUUCCAAGAUCUGUUCAACUGGCAGAAGAUUCCGCAGUUCAAAGAUUUUGUAACUGGGUCGCCGGCAGCCGAGAUAGCCGGCACUUUAAUGCAAUCUAAGAAAGCUACAUUUUACUACGAACACGUGCUGUGUAAGGAACCUGGCGCCCACAAAGAGACUCCCUGGCACCAAGACCAACCCUAUUACCCUGUGGACGGCUUCAAGAACUGCUCCAUAUGGCUGCCAAUAGACCCCGUUCCCAUGGAAACCACUCUUCAGUUCGUGAAGGGGUCACACCGCUGGGGACGAUGGUUUAUUCCAAAGAAGUUCGCCACGGCAAACAACUACGACAUCGUCAGGGCAGAGACGUGUGGAGACAGGGCCUACGAGAAUGCGCCAGAUGUGAACAAUGCGGUAGAGAAGUACGAGAUAUUAAAAUGGGCGGUGGAGCCUGGUGACUGCGUCGUGUUCCAUAUGCUAACAUUACACGGUGCUCCGGGCAACUCAUCCGAGACGCUGCCACGCCGUGUGUUAUCCACAAGAUGGUUAGGAGAUGACUGUGUGUAUGUCCAGAGACCCUGGGACAGCCCGGUGCCAGUGCUGGGAGAACUGACCAGUGGUCAACACAUGGCUGACACCUUCCCAACAAUGUGGAGAGCGGGAUAAGCUUUUGACGGACACCU